AUGGAUUCACUUGAUUUAAGCUUACUUAAUGAGUCCAAGAUCUUAAUUUUCUUAAUUAUUUUGUAUUUUACUAAUUUCGUUUUUUAGAUUCCUGUCUUCAUAAAAUUAUUUCGCAAAACAAAAGUGAUUAGUAGUGAAAAUGAACUUGAAUACUUCAAAUAGAGAUCUCUUUAGGGUAGAGUUUACCAUAUGAAAUUUAUUAUAUAAAUUGAUAAAAUUUACUGUAGAGUGGAUUCAUAAAGAUUAAUGAAAAAAAAUACAACUAAUUUUAAUAAUUAAUGCAGAGUAAUUACAUUAAAUGAGAAAAUAGAUUUCUUAAGUAAAAUUAAUAAAGUUUAUGCAGAUUAAUGCAAUAUAAACUGCAAAUGCGAUAAUAUACUUUAGCUUAUAGAUAAUGAAGGCUAACUAAGUCCUUUUAUUUAUUAAAUGAUUGGUAAGGCAAAUUCAGAUUAAAUGGCAUAGGUAUUAUUAGAAAGAUAUCUUAAUGGCUAUCUUUUUACAAAAGAAACCAUUAUGCUUAUUGAUAAAUUCUCAAAACGUAAAUCUGAGGAAGAAUAUUUGUUUAUUGAAGAAUUGUAUGAAGAUUUUACUGCAGAAUUUUUAGAAAUAUAUUAGAUUAAUAAAAUAUUAAAUAUGUAUUCAAUAGUAAACCCUUGCAUUGUCUUAUAUGAUUUAUAUGAGUGA